CGGCGGGAGCCGAGCCCCAGCGGACCGAGCUGCGGCCGCAGCGGGCGGCGGGUGCAGAGGCGGCGGCGGGGUGGUCAGGCGACGGCGAUGCGGCGGCCGCGCUGAGCCUGCCCGCUCCUGGCGCUGGGGGAACCGGCCGCGCGGGGCGGCAGCAUGCGGGGCGGCGAGGAGCUGGACGGCUUCGAGGGCGAGGCCUCGAGCACCUCCAUGAUCUCGGGCGCCAGCAGCCCGUACCAGCCCACCACCGAACCGGUGAGCCAGCGCCGCGGGCUGGCCGGCUUGCGCUGCGACCCCGACUACCUGCGCGGUGCGCUCGGCCGCCUCAAGGUCGCCCAAGUGAUUUUGGCCCUGAUUGCAUUCAUCUGCAUCGAGACCAUCAUGGAAUGCUCCCCAUGCGAAGGCCUCUACUUUUUUGAGUUCGUAAGCUGCAGUGCAUUUGUGGUGACUGGGGUCCUGCUGAUUCUCUUCAGUCUCAACCUUCAUGUGAGGAUCCCCCAGAUCAACUGGAACCUGACAGAUUUGGUCAACACUGGACUCAGCACUUUCUUUUUCUUUAUUGCCUCAAUUGUACUGGCUGCUUUAAACCACAAAACCGGAGCGGAAAUUGCUGCUGUGAUAUUUGGCUUCUUGGCAACAGCAGCCUAUGCAGUGAGCACAUUCCUGGCCGUGCAGAAGCGGAGAGUCAGCCUCCGCCAGCAGAGCACUAAUGACUACAUCCGAGCUCGCACUGAGUCCAGAGAUGUGGACAGUCGCCCCGAGAUCCAGCGCCUGGACACAUGAGACCCUCCAGGAGUCCUCCCUCCUCUGCCCUCACACCCAUUCUUCUAAUCAAGUUUUCUUUCUCUCAGCACGCCAGAUUUUUGUGUGGUCCAGUUGAAUUUUGUCCUGUUUGGUAAAAAUUCACUUUGGGAAAGGGUGUCUAGAGUGACUGAUCCGUGAUGGCCUGAAGAACCCAGGUCCUCCAGCAUUGGGUGCCUGUGGGGGCAGCUGACUUCAGUGCCUGCUCCAGGGCUGAACUGUCUAUCUCAGAACACACAGUCUCAUCUGACUCUGAGCUGCCCUGCCUUGUGUAUCUGUGACCAGUCUAAACUGAAGUGGCUUUGAGAAGGGAGCUAUGUUACAAGAUAGCGGUACAGGGCUGCAACAGCCAGUGAGGUUCGUGGACAACCCCUAGGGGAGCUAGGAGUGGGUGUUGAGUCUGGCUGGUAGAUCCACCUCAUUGUCUUCCAUGCCCAGGGCACCUAGGCAGCCAGCGUGGCCUGGGUGGGACUGAGGGGCUUGGUGAAUAGAUGUGCUCCUGUAACCUCCUUGCCAGGUCUUUAUGUUACAGGGACAGGAAAACCUAGUGCCCUGUGGGACCACUGACUCACAGAACAGUGACCAUUUGUCUCCUACCCUGCUGAGAGAGCACUUGAUUCCUCCUCAAACGAAUCACCUUCCUGUGGUCCAUAUUCACUUCCUGGGGUGGAGGCCAUCAUCUCCGCCAGCCCCCUGCCUACCUUACACAUCUUGAGGCUGAAUUGUGGCAGUUUGAGCACCUUUACCUUCUCAGGUGAAAGCUGCAGAAGAAACCGUACGUCCACCAGCAGUGGCACUGGCUCACAGAUCACGUGUGUGUAUGUGGGGCAGGCAGAGUGUGUGUAUGUAUGUGUGUUAAAAAGCAACACACUCAAAUUCACACUUCUAUUGUAUGGACGUGUCUAAUUCUCUGAAUAUCCAAGGCAAGCUCUAAAGUGAUUCAGAGUCAGUUUAUCUAGGAUUUGAAAAUACUUGAAUCUGCACCAGGACACAUCUUUCCACAGAUGUGCCAUAGGCACUAUCGUCAUUUUGGGUGCCUGAGUGUCCUCACUAUGAACACCAGUCCUGGAACAUGUUAGGAAUUCUAGUUACAUCCGGCUUUUGGAUUGGUUCUUGAUAAACUGAAGAUUAUUUUCGUGGUAAAUGAGUUGAGCAGGCCCCAUCAUGCUGUAAUGUUGUUGUUGUUAAUUGUUGUUGUUGUUGUUAGAGACUAAUUAUAUCUGUUUGGAAAAUUGUUUUAACAUGUCAGGUUCUCUCUCUGAACUGUUGAUGUUUACAGACCUUAUUGUAGCUCUGAUAUUUUGUGUGUAGCCUCACCAAGGAGAAGACAUGGCUGUUGGAAAGGUAUUGCAAUAGCAGAGAGCCCCCGCCAUCUCCUACUGAGACUGUUCAUAGCCUGAGCAGUGUCUUUUGUAGUUUAUAACCCAGAAGCGGGUGGCAAGGCUGGGGAGGAAAGUCUGAGGAGGUGGGUGCCCCUGUGUGCAUGGCUCUGCAUCAUUCAGGGAAGAGCAGUGAUGUAUGGUUGAAUAGCAAAGAGGAGCUAUUGUCAGAUACCACUGUGGGCUCCGGAGUCCACAGGAAGUAGGAUCAGGCUGUAUCUGGCUGGGGGCCGGGUUGGGGAGUCCAGUGUAAUCCAGCGCUGCUGUGGUUCCAUGUUGGCAGUAGUCUGGGUCACAUGUUCAAAGGACAGCUAGUCUGGUAUAACUCCCCUCCCUGCUCCUCUUCUCCUCUAGAGUGCGGCCUGGGUCUGGCCCUUGCCCAGCUCCUGAUAGAGAUUUCUGUCCUUGAAUGUCGUGAGGCUGUCAGUAUACCCUGUGUUGUCGCAACUUUGAACCUGUUGCGUGUUGUGAUACGGGGAGUGGAUGACAUCUGGUUUUAUCUGUUUUACAUGGUUAUUUUGAAUUUGUUGAGUAUGUCUACACAAUCAAAAUCAAAUUCCCUUUAAAAUAGGGUCACAAAGACUUGAUCUACAUCAGAUGGGCCCCCCUUGGAAGGACCAUCCUGAGCUCUAUCAUGUUACUGGGCCUCAGGAAAAAGCCACCUUUGAAGUGAGCCGGAAGAAAGAAGCAUUCAGACUGGAUUGCUGCUCAUUUUCCCAAGUCACUUCAAUAAAACCAUUUUAUCAUGUGCUGAAAGGAGGCCUCUGAGAGUGUUGUCAGCUGAAAGACAUAAUCCUGAGGCCCAGGGAGACCGUGAAUACUGAGAUACGAUUAAAGUGCUAGGCUCUUAGGGCCUGAAAGACUUGAGUUAGUUGCAUCUUGGUGUCAGAAUUAUUAUCUUUGUAAUUAUUUAUAUCCCAGUAACUAUUUAAUAUCCUUUGUGUUAUGAAGCUUCCCUGUGGCUUUUGUAUAUGUAUUUCCUUGUACUAUUUAACUAGCUCCCAUAGAGCCAGAAGUGGCUUAUACACGUUCUAAUAGCGUGAUGCACAGCCCCACUCCUGUACAGCCACUGUGGUGAGGAAAAGCCAUGAAGGGAAUAUGGUUGCCUACAGGGAACGCAAAGAUGUCUGUCUUUUUCUUGUUAUGCUUCUAUGCAAACAGAAAAUAAUCUAGAUCUAGGUUUUUUAAUGAUCUCUGCAAAUUGAAAAAAAAGCAUAUUUUUGUGUUUAUUAAGUCUAUUACAGACCAGUGUCACUUAGGUGUUGGGCAUUUUAAGUCAACCUUAGCUUAUUUUGUUUCCCUUAUUUUGACUUUCCCAUUUGGAGCAAAACUUGAAGGGAAAUGCAGUUGUUGGGAACAUCUGGUGUGGCCAUGGAGAUGGUGGGGUUCAAGUCCUCUCACAUUUGGUAGUUUGGAUGGAUGUAAACACUGACAUCCUCAGAGAAGGUGUGGCGCUGUGUCUGUUGACUGUUCUCUACCCUUCCUGCAGAAGGCACAGAGGGUAAGCACUUUUCCUUUAUGAAUGGAGAGCAAGGAAACCCAAGGUACUUACUGCCUCCUAGGAAGAGUGAACACAUUGAUGGAAUGGAUUCUCUUCAGAGAAGUUCCACUUAAAGUGAUUGCUACAGAAAAAGUAAGAAUGCAGUAAGCUUCCCACACCCAGUGCCCACAUCUUUCUUAGCAAUGUGCUAAAACACCGGAGUGGGUAGAGCCUGGGCACAGGGAAGCCAGCAAGGAUCAGCCGUGGUCCUUGUGCAGAGUGAGCACUUGACCUUGGGGCCCUUUUAUGGCCCCCGGCUAGAAGGCUCACACCCAUGGGCAGACCUGGUACACCCGGCUCCCACCUAUGCUGGCUGCUUCUGGAGAGAGUUUUGUGGCUCACCUGAAAACAUUUUUUCUCUUUUCAAGUUUCUUCUAUCUUCUUUGAAGGUUUUUCUAGUGGUCCA